AAGGCGGGGCUGAAGCUUUGCUUUGACCAAUGGGCUGAUGAAGGAUUGUACGUCACCCCCUAGUUCCGACCAACGGGUGGGCGCCAGGUCUGGGGAUUCGCGGGAUGAGAGAAGAUGGCGGCGAGAGGCGGAAAGAACGGGCUGCUGGAGAAAUGGAAGAUUGAUGAUAAACCAGUAAAGAUUGACAAAUGGGACGGAUCUGCCGUGAAAAACUCCCUGGAUGAUGCAGCCAAAAAGGUUCUACUGGAGAAAUACAGAUAUGUGGAAAACUUCUGUCUGAUCGACGGCCGACUCAUUAUCUGCACCAUCUCCUGCGUCUUUGCUAUUGUGGCCCUCGUGUGGGACUAUUUGCACCCCUUCCCCGAAUCUAAACCCGUUCUGGCCUUCUGUGUCAUAUCGUAUUUCCUGAUGAUGGGAAUCCUGACUGUCUAUACCUCGUAUAAGGAGAAGAGUAUAUUCCUGGUGGCUCAUAGAAAGGAUCCCGCAGGAAUGGACCCUGACGAUAUUUGGCAUCUCUCCUCCAGCCUCAAACGGUUUGAUGACAAGUACACGCUGAAGGUCACAUACAUCAACGGAAAAACCAGGGCCUAUCGGGAUGCGGAAUUCACCAAAUCCAUUGCCAGAUUCUUUGAUAAUAACGGCACGUUAGUGAUGGACUUGUUUGAGCCAGAAGUCUCCAAGCUCCAUGACAGUUUGGCCAUGGAGAAGAAGACAAAAUAAGCUUUGGACCCAGCGCCUUUCUUAUGCUUUGAGGGAACCCCCAGAGGUGAUACAGUAAAGGAAUGUUCUUUCCCUGCCUGGGGGUGGAGCUUGUAGCGCUUUGCUCUUCUAAUGUCCUCAAUGGGAGGAGCCACAGGCCCCUUGGGCAGCGAAAGGGCCAACGCUAAGGUUUUGUCCUGAAAUCCUCACUAUUAGAAGUAGUUCUUCCAACUGUCAUUUUGUUAUAGUGUGCAGGAAUUAUGUGCAGAAAGGCGGCCACACACAUCCCCAUGAACUGCGCGAUCAUUUGUGUGCGUUUUGGGUCUCAUGCCGAGAAUUGUCAUCAAUUGCAACAGCAUCGAUUGGCUAUAAAAAUACAUAUGUCAUGGCCGAUAACCCAGUGUAUGGGAUAGAACCACAUGAUUCUUACACAAGGCACUUUGGCCAUUACUGUCACAUAAUUGCACAAAAAUCCCUGUAUUUAGCUGGGAAGACGAUUAAAGGAUAAGUAAACCUUUAAUAUAAGUGAAUGUAAAACUGACGAGGGGGCUUUUCUAAGCACUUUUGUAAUGUACAUUCAUUAUUUAUUUUGUUUUUAUUCCAAGAUAUUAAGGGAUACAUGUACUGUUAAUAUGAAUGAAUUUUGUUACAACUGGUGGGAAA